AAAUAGGAUUCAAGAAUCUUUUCCGCCAAAACUUUAUAGUGUUUCAAAAUAUCCUCUCUAUGAGACAUUGGUCAUUAAUUUCCUCGGCACAACAAAGCUGGAGGUUUUGCAAACGUGUUCGUACCCAAAUGGCUCUACGUAACCAAGAUCUAUAAGGUUUUAUAGAUAUAAUAAAAAAUACCAAUCAACGGAUAUGACACACACAAACUUUCUAUCUCGACGAAAACUUGCACUCAUAAAGGCGACCCACUCUAUACGGUAAAUGCACCAUUCCCAUUCUCAACUCUUCUUUCACCUAUAAAUUUCCCCUCCAAACCACACCAACACAACGCACACAACUUCAUUAUCUCACUCUCUUUCCCUCAUUCUUACUCAGUGGUGUCACUCAUGAGAACUCUUCACCACGCUCCAACCCUCCUUAGACCACACAGCACAACCCUCCUUCAAUCAACCCAACCCGUACAAAAAAUGGACAAAAUGAUGAACGCCAACAUGCCUCAGUUACGAUCAUCGUCGUCAAUGUCACCACCAUUGACAUCAUUGACGAACAAAGUUGGAAAGAGAUGGAAGGAAUACCAAGGAAUGAACAAUUGGAACGGUAUGUUAGACCCCUUGGACGAGAACCUUCGCGCCGAGAUUCUCCGUUAUGGCCAAUUCGUUGAGGCCGCGUAUAAGUCCUUCGAUUUCGACCCUUCUUCCCCUAACUACGCCACAUGCAAGUUCCCAAAGAGCAUACUCUUGGAAAGGUGCGGGUUACGCAACACCGGUUACAGGGUAACCAAACACCUACGUGCAACCUCGGGGAUCAAAUUACCUAGCUGGGUGGACAAAGCACCGGGUUGGGUGGCAACACAAUCAAGCUACAUUGGGUACGUAGCAGUGUGUCACAACAAAGAAGAGAUCAAACGACUGGGUCGAAGAGACAUUGUUGUCGCAUUCAGAGGUACCACCACGUGUCUUGAGUGGCUCGAAAAUCUUCGAGCCACUCUUACAAACGUGGUUCCAUCUGCUGUAACUGGAAUCACGGCAGCAGAGCCAUGCAGUGUGGAAGAAAACGGAGCCAUGGUGGAAAGUGGCUUCCUGAGUUUGUACACGUCCAAGGUGAGUGACAACCCUUCGUUGAUGAGCUUGCAAGAUAUGGUGAGAAAAGAGAUUGCUCGGAUCCUUAAAACUUACGAAGGAGAAAAUCUGAGUUUGACCAUAACCGGGCAUAGUUUGGGGGCGGCACUGGCGACUCUAGCAGCGUAUGACAUAAAAAAGAGUUUUCUCCGGCCACCGCAUGUGACGGUGAUCUCCUUCGGCGGCCCCCGAGUAGGAAACCGGAGCUUUCGGCGGCGGCUGGAGAAGCAGGGGACUAAGGUGUUGCGGAUAGUGAACUCGGAUGAUGUUAUAACCAAGAUACCGGGAUUCGUGUUUGAUGAGGUGGAGAAAAAGGAAGGUGACGUGGAGGACAAUGGAGGUGAACACGUGGCUAGUUUUCAGGGAUGGAUGCGGAAUCGCGUGAAAGAGGUACAGUGGCUGUUGUACUCGGAGAUUGGGGAGGAGCUUCGGCUCUGUAGCAGGGAUUCUCCGUACCUCAGGGGUAUUAACAUUGCCAAGUGUCAUGAUUUGAACAUCUAUCUGCAUCUCGUUGACGGCUUUGUCAGUUCCACAUGUCCCUUUAGGUCCACUGCCAAGAGGUUUCUCCGCCAUUAAAUUUUGUACACAUUUUUCUGUAAGAAUGACUCUGUAAAUACCAGGGAUGAUUGAAAAUGAAAAAUUGUGAAAAAGAGAGAGCCAAGAUAACUAAAUUUGUGACACGUGGACAUCAUUGUUUGAUAUGAUCAUUUUAAGUGUUCCAGUGCAGGGCUUUAUUUUUGGGAA